AUGGAGACUCCAAAUCUCACGAUAGGGCGCCCCGCGCCGCGCCAGCAGGAUGAAGCGGGCUAUUCGGACGCUCUCGCGGGCGCGGGCACAGCUGGCUCCGCCCAGCACACCGACGUCGGCGUCAGCAGCGCGUCAGAGGCCCAGCGCACCGCCGACAAGCACGCCGCGACCGCCGCCGCGCCGCCGCCGGAGCUGCCCGCUGGCACCGGCUGGACCAGCAAGCUGCGCGCUUGGAUCACUGGGCACGAUCUGCUGCGGCUGACGCCGCCCUGGACCACCUGGCCUGAUUACAAUCAGGUCGAAAACAUCAACGCCCUGAUGACCGGGCUGUGGCCCCACGUGGCCGCUGCCAUCGAGGCGAUGGCCAAGGAGACCCUGCCCCCCCUGCUGCGCGAUACGGCGAAGCAGUAUGGUGGCGGCUGGCUGGAGGGGCUUGAGUUGGUUGACCUCAGCCUGGGGCCGACGGCACCCAGGGUGGCGGCGAUGAAGACGUUUGAUGCCUCCAGCGAUGAACAG